CUGGGCUUAGGGUGACUAGCCUAGGCUCACCCUCUGCUUACCUUUGCUCAGCUUUGGCUUAGGUUAAAGCAGCUACAAAUCGGUCCCCACACUUAAUAUGGAUUAGGUACGAAGUUCUUGUUGCGGGUGAUUAUAUAGGUACAAUGUAGUAAUUGUAGUAAGUAUUCUGUGCGGGCGAGCUAACGUUACUCAGGUGUAGGUAAAGCGCGUAUGUACUAUUAGUUAGUGUCCGUGAGGUAUAUGAUUCGCUUGUUGAACGAAAGCGCGGAACCUCUCAACUUGAGAUCUCUCGAGCUUCAGUGGUCGUUUGAUGACGAUUCGGAUCACUCAUACGAGGCGCUUUCGGGGUUUUUCCAAGAGUUUCAGGGGCUUGAGGAGUUGUUCCUAUCCACAUCCGCCCCUGCGUACCCAGUAGAAAUCUGGCGAGUAGUGUUACAUCACCGUGCUUCCCUUCGGAGAUUUGUGCAUCAUCAGCAUGAGCGACCCUUAAGUUGGUACCGGCAGCGGGUCGAUGAAUUAAGUUUUCGCCGUGAGAUUGAUUCGCCUAAUUUCGAAUCCUUGGAACCCAGCGACUGUUGGUCUUUAGGGAGAUUGGAUCUGACUAGUCUCGGGCUUUGUUGCAAGCCUAUUACUAUGAAAAUGUUUGUCUCUGAAUUUGCCUCAAGAACAACCUUGCAAGUUUUACACGUGAGACAGUCAGGCCCGUACCUGGAUUAUUCUUCAAGCUCGGCCACGAUGACCGAAGUAGACUAUGAUGGAUGUUUUGAGCACGCCACCUUAUUGCUAUGUCGACAAGACGCGCCUUGUGGUAUCGGGAAUUUAGACACCGAGGAUGCAAAACGAGAGACUGUUUGCCCAAAGCGGACUAGCGUGUACCAUACGGUUGAGGCCGAUCUGCCGGAUUGUUCCUGA